AUAUGUACUGUGACAAAUAAUAUUUAAUGUCACAUUUUUAGAGCUUGAGAUACUAUUUUGAAAGGACGACACAUCUCUUCGAAUUUAAUUUAUUAAUUAUUUAUUUUCUUAAUUAGUAAUUAAUUAUAUUUAUUAUGUUAAUAGUAUAUAUCUGGAAUGUCAUCGUAUACUGAUCCAACAAUAGUGAAUUGUUCCUAAUUUGUCUCUUAUAAAUAAGUUCCAUUUUUAUUUGUUCCUUAAUGACUAUUUUUAUAUGUGUAGAACUAUUAAGUUAGAAAAAUUAAUAUUUAUUACAGAAAAUGGAAAAAACGAUCAGUAAAAUACUUGAUGUGUCUUGGAGAUUCGGUGUAACCGCAGCAAAUAGUGAUUCGGACAAAGUUGGCAAAUCUUUUUUGCAGCUAAAAUUAUGUCUCGAUGAAGGUAACAGAAUAAAAGAUCACUUCAUCGAGAUGAGUAUCCCUGAAUUUUAUAAAUUUUUGCAUGAUCUAGAGAAAGCAAAGAUUAAUCUCGACUUAUUAGUUUGAAUAUCUUAAUUAUAUAUAAAAGUAAUAUAAAUGUUAUAUCAUGAACAUACAAUUAAUGUUAAUUAUAAUAUAUAAGUAACAUGUUAUCUUUUGUUGAAAUCAACGUUAAAAUAUAUUGAAGUAAUAUUU